UUCUAUAAUCUUCCAACCGUUUUUAAAGACGCCAUUGUUUUCACGAUGAAACUAGGCUUCGACUUCAUCUUGAUUGAUGCUCUCUGUAUAAUCCAAGACUCACACUCUGACUGGACUCGGGAGGCUUCUAGAAUGCACAAAGUCUAUAAGAAUGGUGCUCUCAAUAUUUCAGCUCUGGCGGCAGCUAGUGACCCGGAGACGGCAUCAUUGUAUGUGGCCAAAGAAUCGGCCGUUCCCGCAUUCAUGGCAGAUGCGCUGUGGCUAAACGAUGUGAGAACAUAUUGCGUUAUCCCGGAAGAUUCUCAUUUUAGAAGCAGCAUCGAUACAGCGGAAUUGAACCAAAGGGGAUGGGUAUUCCAGGAGCGGUUCCUGAGCCCUCGGACAUUAAGCUUCGGGGCACAACUAUUCUGGGAAUGUGCUCAUGGAGAGAGCUGCGAAGAAUUCCCACAGAGAUUGCCACCGGCAGUCCGAUCGUUUUAA